AUGUCGGAUUCCAAACAAAGUGCGUCACUCAUCCUCCAGUCAACUUACAGCUGGAAGGACAGGCAUUUGUUUUGGAAAUUUUAGCGAGCUACAUUUUUACCACCGGUGAAACAUGGUGAAGAUCGCCUUUAACUCUGCUUUAGCGCAGAAGGCGCUGGGAAAGGAUGUCCUUGUCAACGACAAAGAUCCAGAGACUGCUUCGGUGUAUCGCCAUGAGAGCUCCACAGGCCGCUGCCUGCUCACUCUGCUUGGACUGGCGUUCAUCCUGACCGGUCUCAUCGUUGGUGGAGCCUGUGUGUACCGUUACUUCACCCCAAAGAAGCUGUACCAUGGAGCCAUGCACUUCACUGAGAUGGACAAUGAAGACAUCCGUGAGCCCUACUAUCUGCCCCGCAUUGAUGAGGAGGUGGAGAUCCGUGAUAACGUGGCCAUCAUCAAUGUCCCCACUCCCCACUUCAGCGAUGGGGACCCGGCUUACAUCCUGCACGACUUCCAGCGGAAGCUGACGGCGUACCUGGAUCUGACCCUGCGCACCUGCUACAUCAUCCCGCUCAACACCUCCGUCGUCAUGCCGCCUCAUGAUCUCCUGGACCUCUUCAUGCAGCUGAUGUCCGGCUCCUACAAGACCUACCUGGUGCACGAGGACCUGGUGGUGACCGAGAGCAUCGACGACGUCUCCGACCUGGGCGACUACAUCCACCGCCUGUGCGACGGCAAGGAGACCUACCGCAUGCAGCGCCGCUCCGAGAUCUACGGCAUCCAGAAACGCUCGGUGGAGAACUGUCGCACCAUUCGCCACUUUGAGAACAAGUUUGUGACCGUCACCAAGAUCUGCCACGACUGAAGCGCUGGACACGCCCACGGGAGGAGGUAGCGGAGGAGGGGAGGGGUGACUGCAACUACCCCUCACCCCCCCUCUCCUCCACCCCCCCUCAGUGGUCCAGGUUUUGGGGAAAAGGGUGGGGAGUGGGUGGGGGGAGAUGAGGAGUGUGGCUACUGCUUCUGACCUCUGACAAGACCAGAAUCGGUCAGCUUCACUCUUUUUGCUCUCGUUUUUGUGUACAUACAGCAAACUGCAAAUCCUCUUAUCUCUCUCUCUAUCUCUCCUAUUCACCAUUUUGGCAUAGUAGUGAGAAGUGUUUAUUUAAUGACGCCAACAAAAGCGACAAUAAAAAAAGAAAACGACAGCGCCAUAGUUGAUCACUUCCCUCUUUACUCCCCAGUCGCUACUCUAUGUAACUUAAUGACCCUGCUUUCGCUUUAAGCCCGUCAGAGUUUCCCCUAACCUUUGCUGCUCUUCUCAAACUCUGUGCAUAUAGCUCUGUGUACACCAUCACCGCGAGAGCGUCUUUAUUUAAAACAAAGUAAAAUAAGUAAAACUGUGUAUGUAUUCUACUAACCCUAUUGGGAUAGCACUGUCGCUUUGUUGGAGGAGAAUACUUUUUCCCUUUAUGAUAUAUGUAUUUAAGUCCUCUCAUGUUUGUGAUUCUCACUUGUUGCACUCGUUUGGUUGUUCAUUUUGGUUUUUUUUUGUUUUUUUUUGUGUAUGUUUUCCCGAGAUGACAGUCCUUAACAUUUCUGUCUCCUUUACAUGACAACACUGCAUGCUGUGCGUGUUAACGCUUGUGUUUGGUAGUGCUCGUUUUUUUUUUUUUUUAGAGAGAGGAGCGAUUCAUUUAUGCAUCGUGAGCAGCGCUGACCCGUCACUAGUAGGCCGCCAAGGCUGUGUGUCCACCAGCACCCUCUAGUGGCCAAUGUGAGGUGGUGCACCGAGGUGCUCCUCGCACCACAAUGGGAAAUUGUUGGUGUGUGGGGGGGAGCCCUGUGAUGUAAAGUAUUGUUCCCAUGGGAUAGUAUCUAUAUUGUUAUGUUGGAACUGAGCAGCUACCAGCAUAUACAGAAAUGUAUUAUGACAUUGAGACGACUGAGAAAUUUUGGGGACCCAUUUGGUGAGAGUACUGUAGGUCAAACAGAAUCAUGUUACCGUGUCUGAUUGGUAGGAAAUAAGCAUCUGUAUGUAAGCAGGGGCAUUUGCUGAUUUGACUGAUUUCACAUUUUUGAUGCACACACAUUAGACUGACACACUGCCACAGUAGACUGAUCCAGGCAGAUGCUUCUAGAAGCUUUGUAGACGUGGCAGGCCAUCUACCCCGCCUCUGUCUUCAAACCGCUCUGCAUGAAUGGGGGUUCCACCGAACCCUGCUGGGCUAACAUGCCUCUCAAAUAUGACAGAAAUAAACACACACACAUGAAAUAUACACAGAGGACUGUUUAUCUGCUGUUCCUCUGGACUCUGUACACAGGCACACUUGGGAUUCCCCUCCUUGUUGCUCACCCUUCCGCUAAAGGAUGCAGCAAGUCGCCUCACAUGGACCAAAGUUGAACCAAACUCGAUGAGUCAAAUUAUAAUGAAGGAUGAUGAUGAAGUUAACCCCUCCAGCCAAUUCAUUGGAAGAUUAGUGUUCCACCAGUGAAAUUCCCCUGUAACGUCUUCAGGUGGUAGGACACUGUUUUGGUAAAGGGAACCUAAACAGAGCUGUGGUAGGAACCGAAGUUGCAUAGUUUAAGUUUCUGUCAGGGCCUUCUUCUGUAGUUUGCACAUAGAAAGGAAGUAGGAGGUUUGUCCAGGGAGCCUGCGUGGUAUGCCACAUUUGGGUUGAUGCAAGCAGGUUUCUGUGACAAAGGGCCUCAGUAACUGCUGUAGAUACAGCCGUGUUUUAGAUGUUAACUGCUGUUGUCAUUUAAUGUGUGUGUGUAUAUGAGGAUUUUCUACCCCCCUCGUGUAACCAAGACAGGCACCAAUUGUGUGUUCAUUCAUAUUUUUUUUUGCUGUUAUUUUAGCUUUCUCUCGAGUCUUGUUUUCCAAAUCUCCUCCAUUUCCAUAUUGAGAUGAAGUCGAUUUUGAGGUGUGUGGAGAGAGGUUGUUGUUACGACUGUGUUCCCAGCAGGACAAUCAGGGGGCGUGGGACAGGGUGGGGCGAAUGAAAGUAUGAAAGUCACUGUGCUUCUGUUCGCUUAGGCUCUGCAAAGCCCUCAGCAUUAUCGAGUCUUUUCAGAACGAUGACAGGAGGUCUGUGAAACCAACUGAUGAAAUUUCACUUUGUAAGAUUGUUUUUUUUCCCCCUUCUUUUUUUGUGUUGUGGUCAAAAUAAAGAUUCAUUUCUUUA